UGAAGAAUAAAUAAAGAAAAACAUAAGGGGACAAAUAUUUGUGAGCUCAUGAACAGUGAUUUAGCUUUAUGAAAUAAAAUGAACCAAAAAAAAAAAAAAAAACAAAUGCCAAUUUGCAGAAGAAUCCAAAUUUCAUGGAUCACUAUAUAUAAAUUAAAUUGGAUAAUUAAAAUCAAAAGCAAACACCAGAUAUAAUCAAUCCUACGAUGACGGAGACAAUGAUAUCUCUUCACCAUACACACAAUCCCAAAUCAAAUCAGUGCUCUUCAUCCAUGGUCAAAACGGUCAACGCACCGCUCCCUCUAGUCUGGUCCAUACUGCGUCGUUUCGACCACCCCGAGGGGUACAAGUAUUUCGUCCGGGAUUGCACCAUGGUGGUUGGCAGCGGCGGCGUUGGGAGCGUGAGGGAGGUGGAACUCGUCUCCGGUUUGCCUGGGAGGCUGAGCCGGGAGAGAUUGGACCGGUCCGACGACGAUAUGCAUGUCAUGAUUUACACCAUGAUUGAAGGGGACCAGCGGCUGGAUAACUAUCAGUCGACAACCACCGUGCACGAGGACCACGGCGGCGGCGGAGGAACGGUGGUUAUCGAGUCGUACGUGGUGGAUGUGCCGGAGGGGAAUAGUGAAGAAGAGACGCGCCUUUUUGUUGAUACUGUUUUAGGGUUUAAUCUCACCUCUUUAGCUAAUCUUACUGAGAAGUUGGCUGCUGCUGCCAAGGGUUAAUUAGUUAAUUAAGUUCAUGAUUAGUAUAAUGUUA